CCACGAAUACUGCUAUUAUUUUGGCCAAGAACAUACCAAGUGCCAGAAGGUUGUUGAACCGUGACGGGAGAAGAAAAUGUUCUUUCAAUAUCUGUUUCAGAAAAGGUACAGGUGUUGCAAUAAUUUCCACUUGUGUCCUCCCCCUAGUCGUAUCUCAAACAAGGCAUUUUGUUAAACAGCACCUGUCCCGGGCACGGGCAAUACAACCCACCACCGUUUCCUUUAUUGAAAUACAAAAACAAUCUCCGGUUCUCAAUAGUCUAUCGCCUAGUUCAAGUACACGACCCCACCGAGAGUCUGAAUCGCAAUUUGCGCGAUGUAUUUACAGUGUAAGACCCAGCCUCCGUCACCAGCGUGUCCAGUGAGUCUCUGUAAAUAACAGCCCUGUCUAAUCCGUCUCCAAGGAAGUGUGCAGUUGGGUCAUUUCCUGGACUUUUUAUUUUACGUGUUUUGCCACGUAAAAUUCAUUUUGGUAGCAGCACUUGGAAUCAACCAUCCCGUUUUUACAAAAAGUACACCAACGGGACGGAAUCUGUAACCGCACCUAUAUAAAAAAAACAGUUUGUUUUAGUGAAAGGGUCUAUUUCUAAGCUCGGAGGCAUCGCCAGCAGGACAGCACAGCACAGCAACCGGCUGUGCCUUCCUUUGCCGGGAAAUGACGUCAACCCAAACGUCAUGGGGGCGUCACCUUUAACGGGCGAAAACAAGAAAUGCGCAGUGUGAAAUAAACUGAAAAAAAAAUCGGCAUUUUUACAAACAAGAUCGCGAGAAGAGGACACUUAAAUGGAAAAAAAAUGAAAAAAUGCUCUUGACGCCUUCUUGGUGUUCCGUUGGCUUUACGUCAUAUCCGGGAUCGGGGCGCUGUUCUCGGCAGCCAAUGGGAAGACUCCCGUGUUUUAAAUGUCCGAGGCUGGUUCAGUCCGUGAAGCUGAGCUACAGAGCUGUGCGUUAUCUUCAGAUCCACCACCUCAUCUGCACUUCUCGUUUUUGUUGGUUUUGGACACAUAACGAUUUGCCUUGGGAACAUACCAUUCAUGGGAACGCAAGAGGAAAAAGAUUGGGUGGAAGUAGCAAAUGAUCUCCUCAGCAAGUGUCAUAUUAACCUGAGACUGAAGAAGCUGACAGGAUGCGACGCCAGUGUCUUUGUCUCGCUUUAUGAAGCUAUUCUGGGAGAAAAGGUCCCAGACUACAUUGCUGUUCCCUCAAGUCAAGAAGAUGACAUACACAACGUGCAGUCGGUGAUAGACUCCCUGGCACUGGAUUAUCUGCAGAUUAGCCUUUCACACAUCACAGGAGAAAAUAUUGUCAGAGGAGACAAGGAAUCUAUCAGGAAUCUGCUGGAAAUUUUUGAUGGGCUACUUGAGUAUCUCACAGAACAAAUCAGCGAUGACGAGUCCCAGAAUGGUGAAUGGCCAGGCCACAUGUCCGGCGAAGCCCCCCGUCCCCCUGAGGGGGCUGCGCGGGAGCAGACGGGCGUCAGGGACGAGGGGACCCUGGCAGAGGACAGAUCCCUGUCUUCCAGAGGAUCUACGGUCCGGUCUUCUCCAUAUUCAGCUGCAUCCUGGGACGCAGAAGGCUCUGAAUCCACAGCAGAGCUGAUCCGUCUUGGGGACUCAGCCCGUACCUUCGCUGCCAAAAACGAGGCUGGGAGGAGUGGCGGCCGCCAGUCAGACAGGACGGCUGGUCCAGAACUGGCUGGUGAGAUCCGUGUGGCGGGGUCUUCCGGCGCCAAGUCUGCAGCCCUGGCACCGAGCAGCGGAGAGCCUGGUGAGCAGCUGCCCUUCAAACAGCAGCGUCCUGUCCUGGACAUGACGGGCAGCAAAGACGUUGCGGUGGACACAACAGCCCUGCCAGUGCGUCCCGUGUCCUCGGGCCUGCGGAACGGCAGCGGCACUCAGCUGCGAGAGCCCAUCCGAGCCGCCGUUCCUCUGCGGCCCCCCUGCCAGCCCGCUCAGACUGACGAGCCCCCCUGCGGCGGCGGCGGCGGCCAGGCGCCUGCAGGUGCACCAGCUCGGCGACAGGAGGGGGAGGAGGCUGUGGCCAUGCCAACCAUCAGCGACAGCUCCAGGCCACUCUCUGACACCUUGGCACCUAAUGGCCAUCAUUUCUCUCAGCCAUCUCCAGGUGACAGUGAGAGAUCUGUAUCCAGUGGCUCUAGGUGUGCCAGUCAGAAGAAAGCAAGCCUGGCAGUGGAGAGAGACCAGACAGAGGCCCUUUCUGUUGGUCCCAAGAAGGUGGCCUUCCGCACGCAGCCUGACAUCCGGCUGCUGACCCUGCAGAGCAGCCUGGGGGAGACCCAGCGCUGGGGUGAGGAAGAGGAGGAGGGGAGCGAGGAGGACUCCCAGCUGCAGGGCCGCGGAGGGCAGAGAGACAGUGAGAGUUCUGUGCUUGACGGGGAGCCGAGUGGGGGUGUCGGGGAGGAGCCCCUAUCUUGGCGCAGGAGGAAGAACAGGCAGGCGGAGAUGGAGCUGCAGGAGAUGUCCGAGAAACUGUCCCGUCGCCUGGAGGAACUCGACCUGAUGCUGAAGCAGGCACUUGGAGAAACCACGGAGGCCGGAGAGACGAAAGAGGAGGACAAGCUGUCUCAUCACAGCGACAGUGUCAUGGAGUGUCGCAGGACAAAAAAGCAGACCGACGAGCCUCAGCUGAAGAAGUCCUCCCGCACGCGCUCCCUGUCCCCCUCGCCCCCUCCGGCGCGGCGCCCCCUGCAGGCACAGUUCGAGGACGCGCUGCACAGAGAGGCCCAGCACCACCUGGCCAGGGCGCGGCGCCAUGCCCACGCCGAGCUGGAGACACACAGGCAGAGCGGCCUGAUUGUAGGGAAAGCCUAUGAGGAUGAGUUAAGGAGGUACGAGGAGCGGGAGCGGAUUCAAAUUACCCAGGAAAGAGGAAAGGCGAAGGAAGCUCUGAGAGAGUAUGAACAGAUCCUCCAGAAGGAGGCUCCCCGCACCCCGAAACCAGCCCGUGUCUAUUCCUCCAGGACCACCCCUCGGGCGGCGAAGCCCACAGCGCCCCGGGGGAGCGUCCCUCCCAGAAAAGCCCCACCCAUGAAGGUUAAAGAGAACGACCUGCUGCCCCUGCUGCUGGAGGAGUUCCCCCACCUGCAGCUGUCCCCCCACACUCUCAAGAGGAUGUGGAACCAGCAGCUCCGGCAGGUGGGACGCCUGGGUAGCGCCUCUUCUGGCGACCGCAGCCGAGCCAAACUGACCAGCCAGGUCGAGGACGCUCAGAGGAAGCACGACCUUUUGGUGGAGAUCAUCCGCAAGGAGCAGGAGCACAACCAGCGCCUGAGGGAUUUUAAAGACCGGAUCCGGCAGCAGAAAUCGGCCCAGAACCAGAUGAAAGAACAGCGGCAGCAGAUCGCCCGGGCCAGGAAGUACUACGAUGACUACCACGUCCAGCUGAAGGCCCGCAUGAUGAGGGCCAGGACCCGCGAGGAGAAGAUGUUCAGGCAGCUGUUCGAGGAGGGCCUGGGCAUCCAGAAGGAGCGACUGCAGGAGCUGCGCUCCUACGCCAAGGCCCAGCGCCAGGAGCACCAGCGGCGGCACAGGGAUGAGCUGGACUCCAUGGAGAAUUACUACCGGGACCAGUUUUCACUGUUGGCAGAAACUCUUGCACAAGAAAGACAGGAGAUUCAAGUGAGGAAGAAAGCACAGGAGAAGGCUCUCCAGAAAAUGAAGAAAGAGCUGCGCUCCAAGAUGGAGCGUGAGAUCAGGGAGCUGCAGCAGCUCAUCAUUCACAAUGACGACGACGAUUCCUUCCGCAACCUGGAAAUCGAAAGGUUACGACGCAGAGUACAGAUGGCUUCAUUCCAGUACAGCACGUCCCAUCUGUUAUGAACUGCUUUUACAGUUUUAAUUCUUCCUCGCUGCUGCCCACAGGACACUUUCGAUCUAAAUUAUUUAAGGUUAACUUUUUAUUACAUUUUGUGCACUAGUCUUUUUUUUUUAACUGGUAAAGGUACAAAUAUGAAACUGUGAAGUCGAUACAAGAUGACACUAACAGGCCUUCUCUUGCAAGAUUGGUGUAGAUUUUAUAAAAUCCUUAAUCCUUUGUUUUUUUUUAUGACCUGCUGGCUAUUCCUUUUCUAAUGUCUUAAUUGUAAAUUACUGUACAGAGGUUAAAUUUCAGGUUUAAAUUAUUUAUAAAACUUUUAAUCUGUUUUU